AUGAUUCCAUUUCGGAAGAGGAAGCACCGGCAGAUGGACCCAGAUAGCAGUGCUCGGCCGCUCAAGCAGAAAUCCACAAACGUGCGCAGCCCGCGCGACACGAAGGCGGGCGGCUGCGCGCCGGGUGCGCGCGCUGUGCGGACGCGCACAGAUGUUGUGUUCUCCAGCGAGAACGUGGCGAUCCGCCUGGUCGAGGACGUGUCCGAGGAGGACGCGCCGGCCGCAGCGCCGCUGCGGCGGCUAAACGAAAACACGGACGUCAGCGUGCUAUCGCUGCAGCUGGACGAGUUUGACCAGCCGCCCAACUCAACUUCCACGCCCCUGGGUAGCCCCGGCCGCAGCGCCUCGCUUGGCAUGCACUGCGCGCCGGACGUGGACGCGUAUCUGCGCUCACAGGGCCUGCUGUCGCCGGUGUGCGGCCGCGACUGGACGCCGGCCUGUGCCGAAUCACCGCUGCAGACGCCCGAGCGCGCAGACGAAAGCUGGUUCUCGCCUGUAGAAUCACCCGGACUGUCGCGUACGUUCCAGAGCAGCGGCGCUUUUGCCACUUACCAAGACUCCGAUAUGGGCUCACCGCGGGCCGCAAAGGACGCGGACUGUCACCAGCAUAGGACACGUCCCUACCAUAAAUAG